AUGACCACCAUGAGCUGGAGCUUUCUAACUCGUCUUCUGGAAGAGAUCCACAACCAUUCCACCUUUGUGGGGAAAGUGUGGCUCACAGUGCUCAUCAUCUUCCGCAUCGUGCUGACUGCCGUGGGGGGCGAGUCCAUCUACUCGGACGAGCAGACCAAGUUUACCUGCAACACCAAGCAGCCCGGCUGUGACAACGUGUGCUAUGAUGCCUUCGCCCCGCUUUCGCAUGUCCGCUUCUGGGUCUUCCAGAUCAUCAUGAUCUCCACCCCCUCGGUCAUGUACCUGGGCUACGCCAUACACAAGAUAGCCCGCGCUUCCGAGGUGGAGCGCCGGAAGUUCCACCACCGGAAGAAGCCCAUUCAGGCCCACAGGUGGAGGGAGAGCCACCCGCUUGAGGAGGUGCUGGAGAAUGAGGACGAUGAUGCAGAGCCCAUGAUCUACCAGGAGGACGUGGUGGAAGUCCAGGAGGUCAAGCUGGAGCCGGCCAAGCCUCAGAAACAUGACGGCCGCCGGCGGAUCAUGCAAGAGGGCCUGAUGAGGAUCUACGUCCUGCAGCUUCUGUCCCGGGCCGUAUUUGAGAUUGGCUUCCUGGUGGGCCAGUAUCUUCUCUAUGGCUUCCGUGUUAAUCCGUCCUAUGUGUGCAAUAAGGUGCCCUGUCCCCACAAGGUAGACUGCUUCAUCUCUCGGCCCACAGAGAAGACCAUAUUCUUGCUCAUCAUGUACGUGGUCAGCUGCCUCUGCCUGCUCCUUAAUGUUUGCGAGAUGUUCCACUUGGGUAUCGGAAAGUUCCGGGACACUCUCCGCAAGAGGAGGAACCAGGGGGGGAGACGGCCCUCGUACAGCUACCCGUAUUCCCGUAACAUCCCCACCUCUCCCCCCAUGUACAACCUGGUCAUGAAAUCAGACAAGCCCAACAGGAUCAUCCCCAAUAGUCUUAUCACCCACCAUGAGAAGAACAUGGCCAACGAUGCCCUGGAACAUCACCAGGAGUGCACCAGUCCAGACGAGAACAUCCCCUCGGACCUGGCCAGCCUGCACCGCCACCUACGGGUGGCCCAAGAGCAGCUUGACAUGGCUUUCCAGACCUACAAUACUAACAAGAACCAGCCCACCUCCAGGACAAGUAGUCCAGUGUCUGGGGGCACCAUGGCAGAGCAGAACAGGGUCAACACAGCCCAGGAGAACCAAGGAGCCAGGCCAAAAUCAGCUACUACAGAGAAAGCUGCGACCAUUGUAAAAAACGGAAAGACUUCUGUAUGGAUUUAA